GCACACUGAUAAGUUGCAUUAUCUCAUUUCAUCAAGUUCACAUAUUUCCGACUUUGCUCUGCUCUCAACAUUCCUUGGGGUUUACUACAUACAUUGUGGCAGGUCAAGUGCCAAGUUCCAUUGAGAACACCCAUUCCGACAUAAGAAUAUCCUACCAAGGUUACUGUCCUACUUGUCGCUGGCCUCUGAACGGAAGCAUGGGUGGAUGUGGGGACAAUGGCGACUUGCAAUCUUGGAGCUCAUUUUGAGCGCUUGUCGAUCCACGACGAGAAUGGGGAGGAUCAGAAAUCAAGAGUCAAACCCACCGCGACAUCUCUCGCACACAGCUCAAGUCGGCCAAAGCUCGUCAAAUUACCCCUGCAGAGUCAGAAGAACAGCACAUCCGCAGCAUCACCGCGCAAAGCGCCUCCAACCCGGAAACCUCUUCCUGAUGCAGCUCCGCCAAACCUAGCAGAGGCUCAACAGCCCGACCACCACUCAGUAGCGCCUCUCAUCCCCCAACCCUCCCCCAAAACCCUGCACCUUGGCCUAUUCGAAGUCGGCAAGCCGCUCGGCAAAGGCAAGUUCGGACGCGUCUACCUCGCACGCGAGCGACAGCACAACUUCAUCUGCGCGCUCAAAGUCCUCCACAAAACCGAGCUGCAGCAGGCGCGCGUCGAGAAGCAAGUCCGCCGGGAAAUCGAGAUCCAAAGCAACCUGUGCCACCCCAACGUGCUGAAACUGUACGGCCACUUCCACGACAGCAAGCGCAUCUUUCUCGUGCUUGAGUUUGCGGGUCGGGGGGAGUUGUACAAGCACCUACGGAAAGCCGGGCGGUUUUCAGAGCCUAGAGCUGCGGGGUACAUCGCCCAGAUGGCUAGUGCGCUGAGGUAUCUGCAUAGGAAGCAUGUUAUUCAUCGGGAUAUUAAGCCCGAGAAUAUCCUGGUGGGGAUUCAUGGGGAGAUUAAGAUUUCAGAUUUCGGCUGGAGCGUGCACGCACCGGGGAAUAGGAGGACCACGAUCUGUGGAACGCUGGAUUACCUCCCGCCGGAGAUGGUUAAACCCGGUGGCGGUGGUGGCUCGGAGGACCGCUCAUAUGACGAAAAGGUCGAUCUUUGGUCGCUGGGGGUGUUGAUGUACGAAUUCCUGGUGGGAGAGGCGCCAUUCGAGGAUACACCUGUCAUGACGCACCGGCGGAUUGCACGCGCGGAUAUGACGGUGCCGGCGUUUGUUAGUCCUGAGGCGAAGGAUCUCAUUCACAAAUUACUCGUCGUCGAUCCUAAAAAUCGGCUCCCCCUUGAGCAGGUGGUGCAGCACCCUUGGGUGGUCAAGCACUGCGUCAAGGGUGAGUCUACGAAACAGCAUUGAUGUCCUGGAGUUGCCAGCGAGUUUGUUAGAGCCAUAUUGCAUUGUCGGAGCACGGGGCAGCGGCGUUUGGGUUACCUAGCCACGUGGUUGGCCUUUUAACGCAGUGAUGUAUCGGGAAUGUUUCGGUCUGUGUUCUGGGAGAUUUCCAGUCAAGUAUAGGGUAGGCCGGAGCAUGGAAGGCGUCAAGGAGCAUUUCAUGAAGGCCAGCCCGGGUAGUUGGACGGUUUACUGUCUAUUCCUUGUAGCGCAUAAGGUCCCUGGGAUGGGGGUAGUUACUGAUGAUGGUUCCAUGGUCCUCUCCUGGGUGAGUAGAUAAACAGCCAUCAAUGUCCGAAAUUUUGACCGGGAUCUGGCACACCAGAAA